GGCAUUUCCAACAUUAUUCUGCUAUCGACAUUUAUUUACGCGACGGCUCCUGCUUCAGGAGGACAUUUGAAUCCGAUGAUUUCGUUUUCGGCAAUUUUGACGGGCCUCUGUUCUGUGCCUCGAGGCAUUCUUUACAUGUGUGGCCAGACUCUUGGUGGUGCCCUCGCCGGUGGAAUUCUCUUGGGCGUCUGGGGUCCUGAAAGAGCAACAAGCCUGAAAGGUGGCGGCUGUUGGUACGACCCAUCCCAAGCAAACCCCGGUCAAAUCUACCUCAACGAAGUCUUCGCCUCGUUUGUUCUCCUCUUCCUGUCCUUUGGCGUCGGUCUCGAUCCUCGACAGGCAGCUCUGUUUGGCCCCCGAAUGGGCCCUCUCCUGGUUGGGGCGUCGUUGGGCUUGGUUUCUUUUUCCACGAGCGGAAUCAUUCCCGGCUAUGCUGGAGCG